UAUGUUUGGUUUCACUUCCGCACUCCGCUCUUUCUGUAGCAUGUUAGCAUCUUAAGUAGUACUUUACACGCUUUUCAAGGAAUCCUCUUAAUGAUCCGGAACAGCAAAACAAAAACGUUUCUCAAUGUAAAUUUCUAUCGCCAACGCGGAUAAUUUGUUUCUGCGUAAUAAAACUUCGGUUUUGAUGCUCGUUAGCUAGUUAAGUCAACCAGGAAGCAACAUUAGCUUCGUGUUAAGUCGGAGUCAUCAUCUGCAACUUCUGUCUUGAUACAAACAGACACCUAGUUGGUGUUACAAAGAGACGCUUUUACAGUAAAAGAAGUCAUGCAGCUGUUCAGCGUUCCCAGACGAGGUUACAUCUGGCUGCAGACCUUUACAGUUCUGCUGGUUCUGUGCAAGAGUGGCGUGUUUGCCGGUAACGCCACCAAGGCUUGCAAACUGGCCUCGGAUAACAUCUCGGAAAAGAAAGUCCUUGAACGCCUCGAGCCUCUUGCCAACAAUGUCUUUAAGGCCAACGUGACGGAAGGAAAAGACAGUUACACAUACGUGUUCCAGUUGUGUGGAGAUGCAGGGGGUGUUCAAAAUGCUGGAGUUAUUCAAGUGAACAACAACGACAAAAAGAAAACGGUGAUUGGCUUGUACAACACAACGCAGGCCAUUGGAGGCAGUGACUGGGUGAUGCUGAUCUACGGCGGCGGUGAGAAGUAUGACAGUCACUGUAACGGGGAAAAGAGGAGAGCUAUUAUCAUGAUUUCCUGCAACAAGAACAUAGUCAUGGUAAAACACGAUUUUCACCUCACUGGAAUUGUGUGA